UGAUAAUAGAGAAGCAAAGUGCUGCAAGCCCAUUACUUCACAGCCUGUAGAUACAAAUAUCAGAGACUUAGUUUUAAAUUCUCUCUGAGAAAAUAGACAAUUCAGAGAAAGCUCCAAAUCUUAUAGCAUCCCAUGUGGGGAUAAGCUUUUCUUUCUCUUUCAUCUUUAUAAUCAAAAACUAAUCAGUCUCUCCUUUAUUGGAACUGUUUAUUUCACACUCUUUCCACUUCCAAUCUUCUCCUCUCUCUCUAGUAUCUUCUCUUGCUUCUAUCACAAAGAGUUUGUGAAAGAUGUGGGAAUCUGAGAGCGACUCCGGGGUUGUAGGAGGAGGAGGAAGAGAGUAUGGUAAUGGAGUUUUGAGUUCUAACAAACAUGCCGGCGUCAAGACUGAUGGCUUUGAGCUUAGAGGCCAAUCUUGGUUUGUUGCUACGGACAUCCCCAGUGAUCUUCUGGUUAAAAUAGGCGACAUGAACUUUCACUUACACAAGUAUCCGUUGCUGUCACGCAGCGGGAAGAUGAACAGAUUGAUCUACGAGUCACGAGACCCUGACCCGACCAUACUUCUUCUUGAUGAUCUACCUGGAGGACCAGAAGCGUUUGAGCUCGCAUCCAAGUUCUGCUACGGAGUUCCCGUGGAUCUCACGGCAACUAACAUAUCAGGUCUGCGUUGCGCAGCUGAGUAUCUCGAGAUGACAGAGGAUCUUGAGGAAGGGAACCUAAUCUUCAAGACAGAAGCCUUUCUUAGCUACGUGGUUCUGUCUUCAUGGAGAGACUCGAUCUUGGUGCUAAAGAGCUGUGAGAAGCUCUCACCUUGGGCUGAGAAUCUUCAGAUUGUGAGGAGAUGUAGUGAAUCUAUCGCUUGGAAGGCUUGUAGUAAUCCAAAAGGGAUUAAAUGGGCUUACACAGGGAAGUCACCAUCUCCAUCAACUGCUAAUAACUUGGCGAGUUCUAGUCCUAAAUGGAAAGAACCAAAGGACUCAGGUUUCUAUUCUAGCCCGAGUAGGAACAAUAAUAGCAACAACCAGCCUGUUCCUCCAGAUUGGUGGUUCGAAGAUGUAUCCAUCUUGAGAAUCGAUCACUUCGUUCGUGUCAUCACUGCGAUCAAGGUGAAAGGAAUGAGAUUUGAACUUCUAGGAGCAUCAAUAACGCAUUACGCCGGAAAAUGGCUUCCGGGUCUUAUCAAAGAAGGAUCUCCAGACGAAAUGAGUGUGAGCCACGGAAGCAACAGCAGCGGAGGAAGCUCCGGCCCCGACUGGAGAGGCGGUCUCCACAUGGUCCUCUCCGGGAAACCAAACGGACAACAUCAACAAGACUCAGCCCCUUACCUCGCCGGACACGGAAUCAGCCCCAAAGACCAACGCAUGAUCGUCGAGUCCCUAAUCAGCAUCAUCCCUCCACAGAAAGACUCCGUCACCUGCACCUUCCUCCUCCGCCUCCUCAGAGCAGCCAACAUGCUCAAAGUAGCCCCCGCGCUGAUCACCGAGCUGGAGAAACGCGUCGGAAUGCAGUUCGAGCAAGCGACUCUUCAGGAUCUCCUGAUUCCGAGUUACAGCAACAAAGGAGAGACGAUGUACGACGUUGAUCUUGUUCAGAGGCUGUUGGAGCAUUUUCUCGUUCAGGAGCAGACUGAAGGGUCGAGCCCGAGUAGAAUGUCGCCGUACGCCGACGCCGGAAUCCCGAGAGCGAAUAGCAUCAGUGGUGGUGGUGGUGGUAACGGUAGCAGUAAUCAGAACGCGAAGAUGAGAGUCGCGAGGCUUGUGGAUAGUUAUCUUACUGAAGUUGCUAGAGACAGGAACUUGCCGUUGACGAAGUUUCAGGUUUUGGCUGAGGCUUUGCCUGAAUCUGCUAGGAGUUGUGACGAUGGGCUAUACAGAGCAAUUGAUUCAUAUCUUAAGGCGCAUCCGACACUGUCGGAACACGAGAGGAAGCGGCUAUGCAGAGUGAUGGACUGUCAAAAGCUAUCAAUGGACGCAUGCAUGCACGCGGCUCAGAACGAGAGGUUACCAUUGCGAGUGGUGGUUCAAGUCCUCUUCUCAGAGCAAGUAAAGAUCAGUAACGCCUUAGCCAACACAUCACUCAAGGAGUCAACUACGUUAGGAGAAGCCAUGGGUACUACUUAUCAACCAAUGAUCCCAAACCGUAAGACAUUGAUCGAAGCUACACCACAAUCUUUCCAGGCAAGAAGGUUGGGCUGCGGCUAAGAAGGAUAUUAACACGUUGAAGUUCGAGUUAGAGACGGUGAAGACAAAGUAUGUUGAGCUUCAGAAUGAGAUGGAAGUGAUGCAAAGACAGUUUGAGAAAACAGGGAAAGUCAAGAACAUUUCGUCUUCCGCUUGGACCAGUGGUUGGAAGAAGCUAAGUAAGUUGACUAAGAUGAGUGGACAUGAGACUCAAGAUAUGGUCGGAGGUGAACAAGCCGGUGUUGAUCAUCAACCCACGAGGAAACCGAGACGAUGGAGGAACUCAAUUUCUUGAGAAAGUUCUUAAACAUAAGUGAGCAACUUUGUGUGUUCUUGAUUUGAUUCUUUGAUCCUAGUUUGUAAUGCUAUUGAUUUUGGGAUUUUUCUAUAUGGAAUAAGUGACAUAAAGAUUUGAUGUUUA